AAAAAAAAAAAAAAAAAAUGGAGGCCACAAAUUUGUAACUCUUAUCGGAGAUAACGCAAAUAAUAUUCAAAGAGCAUUUCAGAUAGUAAAAAACUCGUAUGUGAAUAUAAUAACCGCUGAGAUGUGUAGCACAUACAUUGAAUUUGUUAUGCGAAAAUUGCUUAAAACUAGAACCUAUUAAUGCGUUUAUAUCGAUUGCCACAGAUAUGAUAAAAUCAAUAAAAAGAAACCAAAGUAUGAGCGCUUUAUUAGCUCAGAUUGUAAAAGAAAAAGGUUCAGGUGAAACAUUAAAAUUGCCAAGGAAAACCCGCUGGGGCAGUUACUGCACCGCGUUAAAAAAUUUAAAAAAAAUCCAAAGUUGCAUUACGGACAUUAGCUGUUCAUGAAGAUACCACUAUAUCAGACGAAAUAAAGUCAAAUUUACUGGAUUUAAAUUUCUGGACCAUGGUAGAAAAUUGUAUAAAACUACUGGAACCUAUAACAGAUAAAAUUUUUAAACUUGAAGGCAAUGGAAUAUUUAGAAAUGAAGUUUAUAUGGCCUUCAAAGAUAUUAAGUCUACAUUUAGUUUUGCAAUUCCAGAUAUAUCCAUUCUAAAUGAGCAUAACAAACAAGAUAUUACAAAUGCUGUAAUUAGGCGAACAAAUAAUUGUUUGAAACCCAUUCAUUAUGCUGCAUAUUUAUUAGAUCGAAGAUCGCAAGGCAUUGAAUUAGAAGAAGAACACGAAGUGGAUGCCAUGGAGUUUAUACACGACGUGGGCCAAUCGCUCAAUAUUGACGUUGGUGUUGAUUUAGCCAAUUAUAGAGCUAAACAAGGUUUAUGGAGCAGACCAUUUAUAUGGAAGCAUGUCGCCGAAAUGGACCCGGUAGUUUGGUGGAGAGGACUCUGCAGGUCCAAAUUGCUAAGUAGGGUUGCAGUACGUAUUCUAACUGCUCCCUGUACUUCAGCAGCCACUGAACGAUCUUUUAGCACGCAUGCGCAUAUACAUAGUCACAAACGAAAUAGAUUGACUACAGACAGGGCAGCAAAAAUAGCUUUUCUAUCGUAUAAUUGGAACCUGUUACACAAACAUAAAGAUGAUGACAAUGACGAUGAUGACGAGCCGUUAUCUACACCCAGCCAAUUGUCAAAUCCGUUGUGUAACGCAAUAAAUGAAGAACGACCUUCAAACAUCUCGUGGAAAUACACAAGAAAUAGAAUUUUGCAAUAUUAAUAAUAUAUUUAAUGAUCAUGACAGUAGCGACAGUGACUAAAAGUUUUUAAUUGUAAAAAAACAUUUUUAUAAAGUGUAAUAAAUAAUUGUUAGUAAGUAUCUCUCGUUGUUUUAUUUAUAUUUUGGUCAAAGAUUCUUAAAAGUUCCAAUAGACGUUCUUUCUGCAAUUAAGUAACACACGCAGAAAAAAUCUUAUGAUAAAACAAGAAGACAUCUUUUUGUUGUUAUAAUACACUGCUGUUUUAUUUUAUUUCCUGAAUCAGGCUACAAAAUUUGACGUUCCGAACAACAGGCAACAGCUAGUGCCCUAUAUACGCUGGCGCAAAGUAUGUGCGCAUCGCAAAGUACGUAUUUGUCGCUGCUUUUGUUAU